AGAGGAGAAAAGACAGGUAUAAUUUGUGUCAGAGGAGAAGAGAUAGGUUUCAUUUUUGGUGAAGUGGAACAACCUUAGAUGAUCUGGACUCCAGUAUACAAAACCUGUUGGAAAGCAACUGGAAGAGUUGCUGGAAGAAUUUUUCAUGUGAAUUGGAAGCACUUUGCUACCAAAGACCAGCUGGAUGAUGAAGAUGGACAAGGGUAGUCAAGAAUAUGCCAUGGGUGCUGAGCUAGUGCUGCAGUUUCGGCCAGAGCUGACGAAGCGCGUCAAGGAGACCCGGCGCGUUGCCAAGGCGCUCCUGACGCAGGGGCUGGUGGCAACUGAGGAGUACCAGGCGGUGGUGGGCGGCUCUAGCAGCUGUGAGCGGAUGGCGGAGAUCUUCAGGGUCUUGGAGGCGGGGGGCACACGGGCCAUGGGCGCCCUCUAUUGGCUGCUGCUGGAACACGAGUCGGAGCUCAUGCUGGAGAUGGAGCGCGCUCAGUUUCUCAGUGAGACAAAAGAAGACCUCCUUCAGCGCUUGACACGGCCGGAGGCGGUGGCCAAUAGGCUGCUGGGGGAGGGGCUACUGAGUGAAGAGGCAUAUUUCAGUGUCAGCUCCGCCAAGGAUGAAGAGAAGAGGGCCCAGGAGCUAUGGGCGGGUCUAGAGAUGGGCGGCACCACAGCAAAGGAUGGAUUCUAUAGGGCGCUGCUUCACUGCCAACCCUUGCUGUACAGAGAGCUGGAGAAGGAACGAGUGAUGAGAACGUGCAGAAUAAACACAGGGAGUGAGGAGAGCGGACUGGAGAGAAGAAGAAUGGAGCUACAGAAAGAGGAGAAGAGACUCCAGCUGGAGAGAGAAAAGAUCAAGAGAGAGAGGCAUGAGAUAGAGUGUGCCCGGGCAGAGGCACUGAAAGUGAGGGAGGAGAUACAGAAGGAGACUGAACAGCUACAACUACUCAGAGAAAAGCUGAAGGAAAGGACAAAGUUGGAGGAUGGAGGACACUUGAUAAUUUAGAAGUGAAAAUGUAUUUAUUUAUUUCGGUUAUAGCUUCAGUUGUUGACAGAUGAAUGCCCCCCGGUGUACAUUUUCAUUUUGGAUCAAAGUUAUGCCUAUCCGUGCAGUUUUGAAUGACACCUGAAUAUGCAUUUACAACUGACUAGCAUGUAGCACCGCUUUGAGGACAACUUCACUAUUUCAAAACAAACUGAACUUUUAUGCCAUCAGGCAUAAGUUACUAUAGAGAGGGGUUUUCUAGACAAACUGAUGUAUUUUUACCUUUGUUAGUGUUAAGAAAGGUAAGUUUGACUGUUUGUACUGAGUACAUACCUUGCUGUUCCUCAGUUUGCCACCAUCCUGUGAGGAGAAAGUAAACUCCAAGUUGAGUACCGAACGCUCCUCAUUUUGUGUCUGUUGACAGUAGCUUGUUCCGCAUUCAGCACUUCACUUGUAGGCUACAGAUUUUCUCCAAACAAGAUGGUGGCAUUUGGAUUGGUUAUUAAUAUCCACAAACAGACCCAACCUCAACAGCAUAUUUAACAUCAAAACAUCAACUGUUGACAUGUCAAUAAAGAAACCUGUCAAAUUACUAGACACCUUCAAAAUAUUAUUAUUUGUUGUAUUUACCAUAAUAUGUUGAGGUUAAAGCAUAACUCUCACCAAAAUGCAUGCUAGGGUGUUCUGAAGUAACAUAUAUUUUUUUGAAAGAUGAAAUGAUAGAUAAACAUAUAAACAUAGCUACCUCUUUCCAUUCAGAUCUGAGUCCAAAAAUAAGUCACUUGGCGAAAUGUUUAUAAUGUGUUGAAAACAACACAAAUUGCAUUGUUUUUUUUAACACAACUCUGUGUCCAGACAACACAUUAGUUUUAAGAAUGAAUGGUUGUUUGGAUGUUCUUUACAUCGCAAGACAACAUGAUAACACUGUUAUUGCAGCAUGAAAUCCUCAGUAGAACAGCCCUUUUCCCAGCAUAACAAAGCUUUUUUGCCAGUACUCAAUAUCAACUUAUUUUGGGGUACCUAACCUGGCGCAGGACGCUUAAAGGACUUACAAAUAUACACCCUAGAACAUUCACCGGCCAGACUCCAUAAAGCAACCUCACAUCUAUACCUUCUGAUUUAUUGUAGAAGAAUUGUCUCAAAAGUGGAAAGUGUCUAUUUUUUUUAUUUUAUUACCUCCGCCAAGGAGGUUACGUUUUCAUCAGGGUUUGCUUGUUGGUUUGUUUGUUAGUUAGUUUGUUUGUCUGUCUGUUUGUUCGCAAGAUAACUCAAAAAGGAGUUUUUGGGAGUGAUCCGUAUCACCAUCUGGAUGCAGGAGGCAGUUAUGUGUUCGCUUGGUGGAGGUUGGCGCUCUUCUGAGCGCUUUUCAAGUUUUACCUUAUUGUUUUGUUUUGCUAGGACAGGAUUUCAUGAGUUUACUUUCCUUGUUGUAAAUACUUUGUGUCAGUUGUACCUGUAGCCUACUUUUUUUGCUCAAUAAAACUAUUCAUCGCACAUACAGUAUAUACAAAAUGUAUAUGCUACAGGCGAUCAAAAUAAAGUUACUCAAUCCUA